AUGCCUUCAGACUCUAAAGCACAAGCUUUGCUAAUCAUAGAGCAGAUAUAUCUCGAUAUCCACCUUGCCUCUCAGCCAAAGAAUGAAAAUUCAACAGAUUGUAGCUCAGCGACCCCUAACAUCUUCAUGGACACAGCAGAGCGCAUCCUCAAAUCCGUUAGCGAAGCAAUGAUGCGGCAAGAAGAUCCAUGCAGCAUGCAGCUGCAACGCCUUAUAGAUCUAGGCAAAUCACUAGGCUGGAUGAUGCUAUCUAUCUGCAGCCACUCAACGCACUUCGUCGAUGCUGCCAACGAUAACGAUAAGCUCUGGCAGGAACUUUACACUCUAAUCGGCUCAAACGCCAUCAGCAUCGAACUUUUUGCGAAAACCCGCCGCCUGAGCUGGCAUCCCAUCCUCCCCCGCGCGCUCCGACCAGGUGAAGGGGGAAAAUUAACAGUCAAUUCAUGGGAACCGUACUACCCCUACGUCAUCAAACUAGAUGCAUGCGCCAUCUACCACCCCAAAUACUACGGUCUGAAACAGCAAAACAUCACCAAAUCAGUCUACAUGAUUACAGAGCGCUUCGAUCCUUCCCAGAACCUCCGUCGCCAACCUAGCGAUGGCAACUGCGCUAUGUGCGGAAGCCCACAGCUAUGCGCAUGCAAUAUACAGCUAGCAGAUGAAACAAAUCCACUCCUCGAGCUGCGCGAGUACCCAGACCGCGGCGUCGGUGUCCGCCAGUAUGUCGGCGAAAUCCGCGAGCCGGCAGCUCGUAAAGGUACUACAUAUGCACUCCAUCAUACCCUGCGUGACCGGUCAAUUGGCGUCAUCGAUGCAGCCAUUUAUGGGAAUUGGACUAGGUACAUGAACCACUCGUGUCGGGCAGGGGUGAUUUUCGUCUCAGCGGUAGAAGGUUGCCGGUAUAAAGAGGAGGCGGAAGUUGGAGCGAGGGAGAGGGUGAAAGAAGACUUGAAAGGAGAAGAUGUGAGAAGGAGCUACGUGAACCUAGAUACCACCCCAAUUCGAAAAAUUUCCUACGACUCAGAAAGGCGGGAAGGAGGACAUGUUAGAGAUAAAAAACUAGGGAUAUCACAAUCGUAG